CAAGCAACGUAUAAUCGAGGAGUACCCCUUUAAUUGCAAUCGGAUCCUUCCCCUUUAUAAGCAUAUAAGAACGCAAAUUGCCCGUGAUUGAGGAUGGGCAAACGUAUAAAUCUCAUAUCAUCAAGCACUUCUGAACUCAAAACUGACUCGCUCCUUUCUUACAUGGACGACGAGCUAGAAAAUAUUAAAAGCAAAAAUGAUGCGAUGACAAGUGAGAAUUUGGAUAACUUCUUUCUCUUAUACGAGAGGUAUCUUCAUACAAGGAAUAAAAAAAUUGAUUGGGAGAAGAUUAAAUCGCCACCAUCGGAGAAAAUUGUAAAAUAUCCCGGAGAUGUGGAGUCAGGCGGUCAUAAGAUGCAUAAAGAAGAUCAAUAUGCAAAGAAGGGGAUCAGUUCAAGCUCGAAAAAAGAGGAUAGAAGAUCAUUACUCAAAAAAUUAGCUGUUCUCAAGCUUAAUGGCGGUCUGGGAACCACCAUGGGAUGCGUAGGCCCUAAAAGCGCCAUCGAAAUUAAGGACACAAGCAACUUCCUUGAUUUGUGUGUCAAACAGGUAGACACGCUGCAACGUACCUACGACAUGGAGGUUCCCUUUAUCCUGAUGAAUUCCUUUAACACCGAAAAAAAGACAAACAGGAUGCUUAGGCGAUAUAAGGGCAUAAGAACAUUCACACAGAGCGUUUUUCCUAGGAUAAGUGCAAAUUCAUUGCUUCCCAUAGACCCAUUGCUGGGAGCUAAGAGCAUGUAUCCACCAGGACACGGAGAUGUUUUCAUAAGCCUGAAAGACAGCGGUAUGCUCGAUAAGUUGUUACAAGAGGGCAAGGAGUAUUUAUUUGUAUCGAAUAUUGAUAAUUUGGCAGCAACCGUAGACUUUAAUAUCCUGAACUACGUUGUAGAGAAUGAUGUUGAUUUCCUUAUGGAAGUCACUGAAAAAACACGAGCCGACAUUAAGGGGGGAACACUGAUCGAGUUGGAUGAUAAGUUGACUUUACUUGAGAUAGCCCAGGUUCCAGCUGAUAAAAAAAACGAGUUCACUAGUGUGAGAAAGUUUAAAAUAUUUAACACGAAUAGCGUUUGGAUAAAUCUGAAGAAACUCAAAGUGCUUCUGAAGGAGAAACGCUUGAUAUUGGAUAUUAUUGAAAACAAAAAGAACGUGGAGGGCAUAGAUGAAACGGUCAUUCAGUUAGAGACAGCGAUGGGAGCAGCGAUAAAAUACUUUCCGAAGGCUGUAGGUAUGAUCGUGCCAAGAAGUCGGUUUUUGCCUGUAAAAACGUGUUCAGAUUUGUUUUUAAUCCGAAGUAACCUGUUUGUUGAACAUGAUGGAUUUCUAGCGCUAUCGCCUAGGAGGAUGUUCGGGAGCCUUCCGCUGGUGAAGUUGCUGGGCAAAAUGUAUAAAAGCGUAGAGUCGUUCGACAAGAUGUUCAAGGGGGUGCCCGAUAUUUUAGAGUUGGACCAUUUAACGGUCAGUGGCAACAUCACGUUUGGCAGGAAUGUCACUCUCAGAGGCACGGUUAUCAUAAUUGCCGACGAUGAAAGCGUAAUUAACAUUCCAGACGGUGCAAUAUUAGAAGAUAAUAUCCUUUAUGGUAAUUUACCAAUUAUCGAGCACUGAUGAUGCACCACGACAAAUAUGCUAAAUAAAACGUAUUUUUGGAAAUAUUCGUGUUCAACCUGGAAUCAGGAUCCGAGAACAAAUGAGGAAGUCUGAUGAUGCUCGUUGAGUGUAAGGACAAUUCUAUACAAAGUCAUGGUAUAGUUACAACAAGAAUAAUAUGAUGUGGUGGCAUCAGGUUCAAAAACAUUAACUCGUUUAAGGGAGCCGUGUAUCGAGUUUAUGCCAAAAUAAAAACUCAAGUUUGC